GGCCCCCGCCUCGCCGCGCCCGCCGCCAGCCCCGGCCCCGGCCCCGGUCCGGGCGCCCCGGGGCUCGCCCCGCGCCCGCCGCCGCCCGCGCGCAGACUGCCCGCGCGUCCUCCUGACAGCUGCGGCGGCGGCGAUGAUGCAAAGAAGGAGGGUGCUGCCGCCGGCGGUGCUGAUGGUGGCGGUCGGCGCCCGGGUGUGAUGCGAGCGUCAUGGUGGGGAUGCUGGCUUCGCGGCGGUGAGGAAGCGAGCGCGAGCGAGCGCGAGCCAGGGGCGGAGGACGCCAGAAUUCGGAUCUUGCUGCUGUGUGGGCUCGGAUCGCUCUUGCCCCGCGCUCUCUCCCCCUCCAUUUGGUUCUUGGUUUGCACAUUUGACCCCCCGACUCCGUGCUCUCCCCGCCACUGGAAGUCUUCCCGGCUCUAAAUGGAAUUAGUGGAGAUCGGAGCCUCUGGUGUAACGAACAGACAUGAUCUAUGGACGCAGUUUGUUUCACAUUGUAGCAAGUUUAAUCAUCUUCCAUUUGUCUGGGGCAACCAAGAAAGGAACAGAAAAGCAAGCCACCUCAGAAACUCAGAAGUCAGUGCAGUGUGGAACUUGGACAAAACAUGCAGAGGGAGGUAUCUUUACCUCUCCCAACUACCCCAGCAAGUACCCUCCUGACAGAGAGUGCAUCUACAUCAUAGAAGCUGCCCCAAGACAGUGCAUUGAACUCUACUUUGAUGAAAAGUACUCUAUUGAACCGUCUUGGGAGUGCAAAUUUGAUCACAUUGAAGUUCGGGAUGGACCUUUUGGAUUUUCUCCAAUAAUUGGACGCUUUUGUGGACAACAAAAUCCACCUGUAAUAAAAUCCAGUGGAAGAUUUCUAUGGAUUAAAUUUUUUGCUGAUGGAGAGCUGGAAUCUAUGGGAUUUUCAGCUCGAUACAAUUUCACACCUGAUCCUGACUUUAAGGACCUUGGAGUUUUGAAACCAUUACCAGCAUGUGAGUUUGAGACGGGCGGUCCUGAAGGAAUUGUGGAAUCUGUACAAAUUAUGAAAGAAGGCAAAGCUUCUGCUAGUGAGGCUGUGGAUUGCAAGUGGUACAUCCGGGCACCUCCACGAUCCAAGAUCUACUUACGCUUCUUGGACUAUGAGAUGCAGAAUUCAAACGAGUGCAAAAGGAACUUUGUGGCUGUGUAUGACGGCAGCAGCUCCGUGGGGGAUCUGAAGGCCAAGUUCUGCAGCACCGUGGCCAAUGACGUCAUGCUCCGCACGGGUCUUGGCGUCAUCCGCAUGUGGGCCGAUGAGGGCAGUCGGAACAGCCGAUUUCAGAUGCUCUUCACAUCCUUCCAAGAGCCUCCCUGUGAAGGCAAUACAUUCUUCUGCCACAGUAACAUGUGUAUUAACAAUACACUGGUCUGCAAUGGACUCCAGAACUGUGUGUAUCCUUGGGACGAGAAUCACUGUAAAGAGAAGAGGAAAACCAGCCUAUUGGACCAGCUCACCAACACCAGCGGGACUGUCAUUGGCGUGACUUCCUGCAUUGUGAUCAUCCUUAUUAUCAUUUCUGUCAUUGUGCAGAUCAAACAGCCUCGUAAAAAAUAUGUCCAAAGGAAAUCAGACUUUGACCAGACAGUUUUCCAGGAGGUGUUUGAACCUCCUCAUUAUGAGUUAUGUACUCUAAGAGGGACAGCAGCUACAGCUGACUUUGCAGAUGUGGCAGAUGACUUUGAAAACUACCAUAAACUGCGGAGAUCCUCUUCCAAAUGCGUUCACGACCAUCACUGUGGGUCACAAGUGUCCAGUACGAAAGGCAGCCGCAGUAACCUCAGCACAAGAGAUGCUUCUGUCUUGACAGAGAUGCCCCCACAGCCCAUCAAACCCCUCAUCCCGCCCAUGAGCAGAAGAAACAUUCUCGUCAUGAAACACAACUACUCGCAAGAUGCUGCAGAUGCCUGUGACAUUGACGAGAUCGAGGAGGUGCCAACGACGAGUCACAGGCUGUCCCGCCACGACAAAGCCGUCCAGCGGUUCUGCCUCAUUGGGUCUCUAAGCAAACAUGAAUCUGAAUACAACACAACUAGGGUCUAAAAAGAAAAUUCAAGCUAAACUCUUCAAAACACUUCAAGCCUAUCAACUAUUCUUGAAUUAGGUGAAUGCAUUUCCAUGCUCUAUAUUACCUUGAUAAAUUCAUGUAUUUGUAUGCAUUUUUCACUGGGAGAAAAUGUUUUAACUGUGUUUUAUUUUCAGAGAAGAACUAUUUAUACAAACAUGGGGACUGUGAAACGAAAAUUCUCUAGUGAAUUGUGAAAAGUGGACAUAUUUCUAAAUUCAUUCCACUGCCUUUAUCCAAACUUAAGAAUUAGAGACAUUUGUUAUUCCUUCGGCAAGACAUCCCCGCUGCACAAUGAUAUGUUCAUUUCAUAAUUUGGUUGCUGGUCACCAAGUGCUCCUUAGUUUUUAAAUACAUUUUGAGAUUUACUGGAAACUUGAAGAAGAAAUUAGUUCCUGAUUAAGACUAUCCCAAUUUUUCUUUUUACUCUUAGUUUCACUUUGUUUCUAUGUUGUUUUAUGUCCUUGUUAUAUAAUUGUACGUUGUGUGACAUGUGAACAACACGAUUUUGGAUGAACUUUGUGUUACAUGUACAUUGUUUUCAUUAGAUAGACUGCUUGAGACUAGUGCGUCCCUGAGGGAUUUUGAACAUGCUACAGUUAAGAAGUGAAAAUAUGGACCAUGGAAGAACCAGCUAGAGGUUUUAUGGACUAUUAACAUCUAUUAUUGUAUAAUGAUUAAAUGCAGCCAAGAGUCAUGAGUAAAAAUACCAGAUUGCAAUAAGAAACAUCUGAUUUUUUUUUUUUUUUAGUCUUUCCCAAUUUCCUUUUUGUUUGAUAUCAAAGGAAGAUACUAAGUUUCAGAAAGAGGUUUUGAAAUCAGGUAAUUUACCAUUCAGACCCAUCAGUAGAAAUGUUUUUUGAUUAAGCACUUAGCAAUAUGACUGAAUUGACAGUUUGAGAAAAUACCCUGCAUGUCAGUACUGGAUAUUUGAGUUGGAAAAAUAUCCUUUUUAUUAGACACAUUGUAAAAAGCAUGCAUUCUCGGAUACUGCUGUUACGCUUCCAUUUCUUUGUGUCAUAUGCUUGCUACUUGUAACUUUUUAUAUAAAGAUAUAUAAAAAUGUAUAAUAAUUUCCUAACGAGUUAAGAAAAAUGUUUUCUUCUAUUAGAGUGAUAAAAAAUUGACUUACAUAAGUGCACACUUUAUAUCAACUCUUUCUACCUGUUAGGCUCUAGGAUGUCUUUUAGUAUUGAGGCUUACUUCUCUAAAUUUGAUCUCUCAAAUUUUAUGACUAUGUUCUCCUUUUAGAAUAGGACAAUCUUUUUAAAUGCUUUAAAAUCACAGGCCCUUUUAAGAACCAAAUUAUGCCAUUCCGAGUUGUUCUCCUACUCAGGCACACAUAUAAUACCCGAAAGCUUACUAAUCAUGAUGUGUUUAAUAUAAAUAAAGCAAAAUCAUAUAAUAUAUUUAAUUGUUGUUGAGUCAUAUACACACUCUCUAAAGUUUGAUUUAAUAAAUGGGUACUUUUUAAAUAUUCAAUGUGUAUUCCUAGAAAAUAAAUUUUAAAAAUCAGAAUUACUGCAAAUCCGCUUACCAACAUCUCCAAAACUGCUGAAUUCUAUGGAAGUCUGGCCUUCAAAUAGUGAAGUAGUCUGGUCUAUCACAGUUAAAACUUUGUGACUCAAGCAGGCUUUACAAACCUAUAGGUGAAUUACUUGCAUCCAUCUCCAUUAGGAAUUCAAUUUCAUAUAUGCUACAGAAACAAAUAAAUGGGAAAGAAAAUAAAAUUUUAUGAUAGAAACAUUAAAGAAUUAUCAUAGCAAUUCUGAAUAACCUGUAUUGAAAAAAAUGUCAAUAUACAUAAAUAAUCACUUCCAUGAAUGUGAUACACUGAUGUAUAGAAAAUAUAUUGAAUGUGAUAAAGAAAGAUUAUUUCUAUUGUUUUGCUACCUAUUUUGUACACAGUUUAUGUCACAAUCUAGCCUUUAGUAUUUGACUUGACUGAUUUAUUUAGUUGCAUGCCAACCCUUAUGCCCUUUAAUUCAAAUUUAAUGCACCCACAGAUUAAUUUUGAAGUGGUUAGCCAUAUUUUAUUUUCCCUAUUUAGAAAUCUUCAUAAGACCACUUACAAUUUGAAUGAAUAAUCUCAGAAAAGUACGAUAUUCAUGUCAAGACUUAUUUAUACAGCAAAAAAGGAAAAUAAAUUAAGUGAACCACUUGACUCUUCACUUGCCCUAUAGCUGUCCACAGGCAGUUCUCCCUAAAUAUGCAGAAGGCUCCUGAUCUGCUGGUUCAAUGCUUAAAGGAUAUUUGCACCAGAAAUCCACUCAUCAACAACCAAAAAUCCAACCACACUAAGUAAAAUGACAAAGAUGGAUGUCUUAUGUAUAUUUAGUACACAACAGCUCCAUGGGAAAACAAAAAUAUUUCAAGUGAAGACUAGACUAGGUCUCCUCAGUGGUCAUACAAAAAAGAAAGAAAGAAAGAAAGAAAGAAAGAAAGAAAGAAAGAAAGAAAGAAAGGAAGAAAAGAAACUUAACAAUGGUCAUUGAUGAAUCAUAAGAGAAGGUAGUGAUGACAUGAAUCAUGAAUGCAGGGACCUGGGGCUCCCUGUUGGCCCUUGAUGUAACUCUAGAUGCUAGAUCUGGGAAACAGGGGAGUCCAUGAUGCCUGGGAAGUCCCUGGAGGAGGCUCUUUAAAAGCCAGGACUGACAUUUAUCCAUAUAUUAUAAAUUCCUAUUGACUGGCACACCAGAUCUUACACCUAAAUAUCAAACUUUGGUUUAGAUUCAAAUAGGGAGACACACUGUGGUUAAGGAAUGAGGUGUUUUAAGACGUUCAAGAUGUUUCAAGAUAUUUGAAAUCAAGUUAUUUUAAUAAAUAAUGAUAUUUUUUGAUAAAGUGAAUUCAAAUAUGACUUACACAAGUGCUUUAUUAAUUCCACAAGAUGUUCUAAAAGCAUAGUUACACACGUUAGUUAAUUUGAAAAUAGCUGUUUUCCUUUUAUUUCUUUAUUUUUGAAUUCACUUUCAAAAACUGGAAGACAUAUCAUGAGUCUAUGCAACACCUGUGAAACCCUGCUUUCAGCCUCUUCCAUUUGUCCAAGUGCAUUUCGAUUGCCUAAUUCAAGAUUGAUGUGCUGAUUUGGAAAUGCGAUUUUUUGUACCUGAUUUUAUAUACAUGCACUUUCUAUGAAUCAUAUUGCAAAAUAGAGAUAUGUGAUGUUGAUCUUCCAUAAUUCACUUUCAUUUGGUCAGAUAAUUAAAUGUGGCUAUAACUGUAACUGGAAAUGAGUGUUUUUGGACUUUUAAAGGAGAACAAUCCACUUUGUGGAAAUGUUGGCUUGUAUGUUUUGCAUAACUUUUUUCCACUAAAAAUAUUUCAAUCGGUCUGACUCUAUAAACUGUUAUUCCUAGUGUUUAAUAAAGUUAGGUCUUUGACAAAAACUGAAUGAAUAUUCACGUAAGCUGUUGCAUCAACGUCUUUGUUUUUUCCCUUAGGAAUUUGGUUUUUCCUCAAAUUUGGUAGCUUAAAAAAAAUCCCAUGAAUGGAUUUUCCUCAACCUCUGAAUAUCAUAAUAAAUGGCAAAAUAUGAUAUUGGUUCCUGUUACCUUAAUUAAAGUAAUGGAAAAUAACUUAUUUAUGUAUUAGUGGCAAAAUACAUAAUAGAAUUUUAUCUUAUUAUGAAGUUUGUAUAUUUCAAUGAUGAAAAUGAUUCCUGUCAGAUUCCAGCUCUUGAGGGAGGUUAGGUAAAUAAAACCUGUAAAAUUCUCUGAAUCCUGAAUGUAUAUGAUUUGAGGAGUGAGUUUCAGUUUUUUCCAAUUUCUCUGAACUGAGCUAGUUUUGAUGUCAUGUCUACUUAUGAUUCUUUCUUCCUUUUGUUUGUUUCUAUCUGUCACACAAUGGCACAGAGAGCUCAGCCAACAAAAUGUUAAAUAGAUGAAGAAUAGAAGUAUCUAUUCUUCUAUAGAAAAACUUGGACUUGAAUUUAUUAUAAUUCUUUUAUCCAUUUAAUUAAUAUUUCCCAUUCUUCUCUUAAAGGUUGAAAAAAAGUAGCAAAGCAAACUAUAUUGUAAAAAUAGCAGAGAUGUAUUUUUAUAAAUAAUCUUGUUCCAUAAAUCUGAGGCCCUAUGUUAACAUAGAUUUAUCCUGAUUCAUUCUAUUAAUGAGUUGUUUAAAUCAUACUGCAAAUUUCUUUAACCUUAACUUUAUUUGACUCACUCAAAUAAAUCCAACAGUGUCAUAGAAAUACCAAUGUGGGUGACCAAUGUCAGACGCUCUUCUUACCUCAUCAAUUUUUUAUCAAUUCUUAACACCUCAAUACAAUUUUUUAUUGUAGCUUCUGGUUCUGUAAUUCCUUGUGCAUUAUUUAAAAAGCAAAUGCCCUCUUAACAUGCCUUUAAUUCCUCAGAGUUAGGAAUAAUAAACUCUACCUGCUUCAGACGUAUGUCAUUUAUGAGUGUCUAGGGUUGGUUUUCAGAAAAUUGUUUAUACAAUUAUGUAAUUAAACCACUGUUUUAUAUUCCUAGUAAUUAUGCAAUUCAGUAUAUGCUGGUUUGUCCCUAACUUCUACCGCCUCUCCAAAGUCUGAGCUAUGCCAUUUUACAUUGGUCAAUUAUUUGAAAAGUUAUUUUUUUGUUCUCCAAACAGUCACAGAUGUAGACAAAAAACAUAACAGCGAGCAGAAAAUACAAUGUUUAAAUUUUUUAAAAGAAAACAUUUCUAUUAUGUCAUAUUAUGAAAUUUGUACUUUUUUGUCACUUUCUCAUGAGUUAAGUUUAAUAGCAUAGCCAGUCUUUUGAUCCUGUACAGUCUAUAUACUGAGAUUCUGCCUAAGUGAUUUGGGGAUGAAAAAAAAAAAAAAAAAAGAGGCAGCAGUCUGUUGGGGAACAUGAUUAUGGCGUUUCAUAGAAGGAAGCGUGUUUAGAGGAGCUAGAUCAGAAAAAUGAAACCCAAAAUUAUUUGCCAAGUUUUUCACCUUAAAAAGCUAAUUAGCUAUCACCUUCAUAAUUUUGAAUGGAAGAUAAAAUAUAUUAAAUUGUCAAGAGAAUGCAAUGCAGAUGAUUUUUCUAAGAUUUUAUUUAUUUACUUGAGAGAGGGAGAAAGAGAGAGCAUGAACAUGAGCAAGCAGCAGGAGGGGCAGAAGGAAGGGGAGAGAAGGAAUCCCAGGCAGAUUCUGAGCUGAGCAACGUGGGCCUGGAUUUCAGGACCCUGAGCUCACGACCUGAGUGGAAACCAAGAGUCAGCCAUCUAAGGGACAGAGCCACCCAGGUACCCACCUCUCCCCGAUGAUUUCUCAUAGUAAAGAAGUUGGUAGCAUAAAAAUGGGAUACAAACACCUUCUCAAGGGGAUCGAGAAAGGCUUAAUGAAUAGCCGUCCUGUUAAGCAGAUCUUGAAAUUUGGAGACCAUCAAAUAAUGGGCCAAGGAAGUAUUUUCACCGAGAGAAAUUGGAGCAGGGAGUAGUUGGGAGGCCACAUGUUUAUUUCAGUUAGCUGGAGCGUAGGAGUAGACAAAAGGAGAAAUAGUAAAUAUAGUUGACAGAGUAGGUUGGCAUUUGCAUCAUGAUUUCUGAGUGCACAUAGUUUCAUCUAAAGAGGUUCAUAUUUUAUUACAAGGAGAAUAUUUUAAUGCUUCUUAGCAUAUAUGGUUUAUGAAUUAUACUUUAAGUCACAUCCUCUGAUAGCAGUAUGUUUGCUCAAUUGAAUUAGACUAGAAUAAGUAAAGGAAAUUAAAGCAAUACAAAGGCAAAACAUUAAAAAAGAAUAGCUGAUUGUUAGAUAUCCAGAAAUAUCUGUUUUGCUUUUGUUUAUUUUCUGCCAUAUUUUUUUAACUUUCAAGAUUAUGAUUAACUCACUAACCAACCCAUUGAGCCCUAUGUGCUAAAUACCGUAUGGAGGGUUUCAAAUCAAGUGUUCUGUUGGUCCUGUUAGCAGUCCUAACACUACUAAUAACAAUACUUGUUGUUGCGGUUGUUGUUUUUCUGUUGUACAUAUGAGGAAAUUGAAGAGAGUUUUCUAUUAACUCUUCUAAGAUUCCAUGAUGAUAAAUACGGCACCAACCCUAAUGAUUAAUGUUAGAUUCAGCCAACAGUCUUCACCCAUGUGCUUAUGGCUCUCCAAUGGUCAACAUGGCACUAGUUCAUAUCCAUAGAAACCCCAUAGUUUUGUGUUUUCUCAUCUGCAAAAAUAUGUAUUAUAGCAGCUUCUCUCUACCCUGUAGCACUUAAGGGUCAAAUAAUGCAUUGGAGGAUAUUUUUAUAUCCUAUAAUACAUUAUAAAUACGUAGUUUUCCCUAAGUCAUGUGUAAACUUCAUUUAUUGCCGACAUGGAGCAAGUACAUCAUCUGUAACGAGCAGUGACAAAGAAUGAUUCCAGCCUUCUUGUCUUCACAGUGAAAUGACUGACUCCCAGAACCCACUGAUUGUUAUUCACCGGAAUGGCGUUUUCUCUGAUGUUCACUUUGUUACGUUAUUUUAUUGAGUUCUGAAGUGACCCCAAAAGCCCUAGAAAUAAGUAUACCCUGAAAUACCAACACUUGAAAGAAAAUCCUGUUUUCAAUCCCAGCCAAUUGCUCAAUAGACAUUUGCAUGAUAUAAAUAGUGGAUAAGCGAGCAUGUAGACAGUUACAUAGAAGAUUGCACUCUCCAAGCCACAAUUAUGAUGUAAAAUGUGGUAUAAUGCACUAAAAAUAAUGUGUCCUUUUUGAACAGGAAAAAUUCAAACUCAAACUUUAGGUUCACUUCAUACUACUUAUGUGCUCUUAAAAAAAGCUGUUCACAGUGCACAGUCAAUGUGGGUCUAUUAAAUGAGCAGAUGAGUAGAAAAAUUACAUUUAAGAAGUAACUAAAUUUCUUUAUUUGACACAGAAGCACUGUCCUGACCUGACACCCGCCCAUAUAUCUAGCCCUUCCUUCUAGAACUUAUAGAACUAAGCUGGAUUCUAAAGGAAGCCUGAAAAAGUAUUGUUUUAUAACUGGUAUGAUAGGUAUACUAGCUUAAAAAAA